GAAAUUAUGAUGUAAUAAGAAAUGUAUUACUGGGAAAAUAUGGUAUUCGUUCUGCAAUAAUCAAAUCCCUUUACAAUGAUGUCCACCCUAUCAAGGAAGUUGAUAGAAAGUGGAUGACAACUGUUGAGACUAUGGAAAGAGCACUUCGGCAACUGGAGAUGCAUAGAGAGAAUCUCGAACACUCCAGUAUAGAGAUAGCGAUUGAAAGUAUAUUAUUAAAUGGGAUAUUAGAAAAUGUUUAUCAACAACAUGAAGAAGACCCAAGUUGGUUGGUUAUGAAAUUGAGUCUUCAGAAAAUUGAUCAGUAG